AAGAACUGACGGACAGCCAUCUUCGUCCCUGUUGUUCUCUUCCGGUGACUUUGUUCCAGAAUUUAUUCAACUACAAUCAUGACAACGACUUCAGCUGCGAGUAUGUUACUGCAGAAGCAGUUGAAAGAGCUGCAGAGCAGAAGUAGUUUGGAUGGCUUUUCAGCAGGACUGAAGGAUGACGACGAUAUCUUCAAAUGGGAAGUGAUGAUCUUUGGUCCCACCAAUACCUUUUAUGAGGGUGGCUUUUUCAAGGCAGAGUUGGUUUUCCCACAGAACUUCCCUAGCAGUCCACCAAAGAUGAAAUUUGUCUCCGAAAUAUGGCACCCAAACAUUAGCAAGGAAGGCGAAGUGUGCAUCUCAAUUCUUCACGAACCGGGUGAUGAUAAGUGGGGUUAUGAGCAAGCAUCGGAGCGUUGGCGACCUGUACACACUGUAGAAUCCAUCCUAAUUAGUGUCAUAUCCAUGCUGUCAAGCCCUAAUGAUGAGUCGCCAGCUAAUGUAGAUGCAGCGAAAGAAUGGCGGACAGAGUACAACACUACAUUCAAACGCAAUGUGCGCAAAUGUGUCACAAAAAGCCAAGAAUUCUUAUAGUGGCUUGGCAGCUAUUUCCCAUUAUUACGACUGACAUUUUCCUUGGAUUUGAAGAACAACACAUUUCCUUGGAGGCCAAAGCUGACUGGAUAACUUGACAUCACGGACCUUCUUUUUAUAUGCAAUACGAGCGACAAAACCGUUGGGACUCGUAUCCAGUACGUGACGGGAUGACAUCUUUAAUAGCACUGAAAAGGAGUUGCAUUUUUGUCUUGUAUAUAGGACAUGGAAACCAUUAUGAAUACCAACAGAUAAAACAAAUCUUGAAAUCAUGUUGGUGAUAGGAGGGGAUAGGUAAGUCCGAGCGACCAUUUUAGCUUUAUAUUCUCCAAGAGCGUGGUGUUUGUCACUUGCACAACUGAGUAGAGGGAGUACUGUGGCGAGUUUUGUGACUGCCUGGAGGACUUGAACAAGUCUCUUUGAGCAAAAAGGCUGUUGGAGGACACAGGGUUGGACGGCUGUUUCCCCACAUCUAUGGAUGUAUCUCAGUGUCUGUCUCUACAUUGUCGUGCUGUGUGUGAGGAAUUGUCGGUGGGUCUGUGCUAAAAGCACAUGGUACUCUCAACAUGUACUUGCUUCUUCCAAAUGGGAUCGGGAAAUUUAUCUUAAUUUUAUUUAGAAGUCCUCAGGUUGAUACGACUAGGUAAGGGAAAAGGAAGAGGAACCAGAAGACGCAGAAUAUUGUCGGUGUUUUGGUUAAGCAACAGAUUUAGCAUAGUCAGGGGUUGUGAAAUCUCCCUUACUGAGCAUUAUUUGAGUCUGUACAAAGUCUGGAGUGGAUUUGACACAGUGCCUUUGGCAGUGAAAUCUCAGGAAUUUAAACAUUGGCCGCUGUGCAGCAUUUGCGUUCUGCUUUAAUCCCAUGCAGCUGUAUGCCGGAGCCAAGUUUCAUCACUGAUUCACACAAGGGAAAAGACAUACAUUUCCAUGCAUGAUAGUGUCGCAGAAAAUCCCAAGUUUAAGCCUAUGUCACGAGAGACCUUGUGUAUAUAUUUCCCAAGACCUAUGCCCAUUUCUUCCUAAAGUAAGACCAAGGCCACUACCAUAAUAGUUAAGGAACACGCAAGUUAGAAAGUAAUAGGCAUAUACGAUUAUGAAGUAAAACUCUCCCAACAGCAAUUUUUCCAACACAGUUUUUCAAUCCAGAGUGUCCCAUCUGUUGAAACAUUCGUUUGUAAAAAACAAACCAGAAUGAACAUGUGAUUUCAGGAAAACAUUUUGAGCAGUUGCAGCAUAAGGCCGCCGAUAAAAACCUCUUUGAGUUUCUAGUGUUUUUUUUUCUCUUGGUCAGCUAGCAUGCAGUAUUAAAGUCGACAUUUCUAAAAACUCAGAAAUUUCACUACACACAGUCUGAAAUCAGACAAGUGCAUUGAAAUUCCCAUCUAGGAAGAGAAGGGUCUGAGAGAGUUGUGCAUUGACGAGCAACUGGGAACUGUUUGAUAUUGCCUCGGUAUAUCAACAACCUUUUGCUUCUGUGCAGAGAAGCUGUUGACGCCGUUUUUUGCAUUUAUUAUGUGAAACGAGUACAUGCAUUGAUAUUUUACCCGCGUCAUCAACUGUUUGGAAGUAACAUUGGAGACAGUAUCUGUAACUGCAUCACAAAGAUGUUAAAUCUUGAGGUUGUCUCCAGUGGCGAAACAAUUUUCAAAGUGGGGGAGUGCAGUCGUGAGACCAUCAGACAUCAGCCAUUGAUAGACCCAUCCAUUAAGACUGGCCUCAAACAGGACCUUUGGGGGGGGGUCCACCCUCUUUAGCAGUGGAAGGGGGCACAAGCCUUGUGCUUCAAUCACAUUGAGAACAACUAUCACUAUCCCAGUGUGUUUGAUCAAAUUUUUUAAAUCUUAAGCAACUAGCUUUUCUAAUAAAGAGGGAACUGAGGUGAGAGUGGAACAGUUUUAAAAUGAAGAUAUGAAAAUUAUUGAAAAAAAAAUUGUAUAAAGAUUAAAGAAAGAGAAGUUGCUUGUUUAGUCUUAGUAAAACGGAGAAAGGAUUAAUGUUUCGAAAAGGUUUAAUGCAGUUGAUGCUGUCGAGUAUGAUCAUUUUUAGUCAACCACUGGUCGGUUUUGCCUGGUGCCCAGGAUAUAUUUUGUGCAUAGGUUACCAGGGAAAUCAACCAGUAGAUGACAUGGUCACCAUGGGGUUGUCUCUUUGGACACCCUGUGGGCUCCGUGGUUGUGUUUUUCAUGGAGCAACACAAAAAUCCACCACAUUCUCAAAAGCCUUACAAGUGUAUCUCAUGAUGUUUACCAAGUAACUAAUUGUCAUUGGAAUGUAGGAUGAACAGUUGCCCUUAAUGCUCUUGUGUCUUUGGUGGGGGUGUUUUGUAUGGAUUGGCUGCUCAGUGUACCCUGUUGUGGUAUGCAAAUGCAUAGAAAUGAAGAAAACUUCAGCAAUUUUGAUGCUACGUUUUUUGUUGCGCGGUAGCUUUGGACGGACUGGUGUAAGUGCUGACAAAAAAAAUGUGCUUUGGAGGAACAGUUAAAAACUGUGGGUGUGGAUGGCUUUUCUUAAAGUGGAAUGUUUACCAGGCAGCUUUCAUGUCCCUGAGGGCAUAGUAAAAGCAAAUUACAGAAAUCGAGACCAUGCCCCAGUGACCGUCAUAACACCUGUGUACAUGUAGAAAGCACUGUAACAUGCAGUGUUGGUGUUCAAUCUGUCACAAGUCAAUCAGUCUUGAGCCAAGUUGUAUGCUAUUCAGAUAGAUGGUUUCAGAAGCAUUUCUUUGUCAAUGAUCAUCCUUUCACUUAUGACUGGUCUUGUCAGAGGACUUGUGAUGGACUUUAAAACAUCAUCGAUGCUGUUCAGUGUUCGGUGCUGCUUUUUAACUGAGAGGAGAACAGCUUAUUAGAUGAGGGCACUUAAAUGGCCCCCUCUGUGCUGGAAGGACACAGAUGACAAGAUAAAUGUGAUCCCCUUGGAAAUCUGAUGUGCCAUAAAUGCUUAAGGCAUGCAAGAUGAAAUUCUCCAUUUUGUCUUUUUAUGCACUGUCUUGAACGUGGCCACUGGCCAAAAUGGUGUUUCCCAGCCACACAUCGUCACUAUUUUGAACAAAACGCACCCAAGUCACAUUUUGUAAAGUUUUGAAUGAAUCAGAUUUUGUCUUGUUCAGUUAAUUUCCUGCCAAUUAAUUGUGCCAUUGUAUUUGUAGAUAAUUAAUGUAGAAUGGAUGUAAAAAUAAUAUCUAUAACGAUCUUCUUUGUCUGAAGAAGCUUACCAAAUGACUGCAAUUUUUGUUGAAUUGCGUUCAUUAAUUUUGAUUCUUUGAUUUUGUCAAAUUAGACUUUGUUUUGACUGCAGAAUUGAUUCUUUUUUAGAGUGGGAAGUGCUAUUACGCAAGAUGGUUACAGAAAUUUUGAGCCAUUUCUCAAAAACGAAAGCAAUAUAGUUUACAUGUGCGACUUUAUUAUAGAAGGGUUAUGAGAAACUGACCAGGACCCAGUUUCAUUGUGUUGUUAAGUAAAACGUCUUGCUAAGUAAAUUGAAGUGCGAAGCAAAACAUUGGCAGAACACCAUUGAAAAUAAAGCAGUAUAUUUGCCAUGA